AUGAACGAGCAAUCUAAAAUGACAGACGAGGAAACAGUUACAGUUGAAGAUGGAGGCAGUGGUGGAGCACCCUUGUCGGAGACAGCGAGACGAGAACUUGAGGAAGAAUUUAAUGUGCAAAGAGCGAAAAUGAAAGAACUUUUCUUACAGAAAGAAGAGGACAUGCGUAAUAUGGUGGUGGAACGGGAGCAGCUGCAGUCGGAGGUGACGGGGCUCCGAGCUGCGCUCCAGCAGUUGCAGACGCUCAGCGAGAAUCAGAAGUCUGAAAUACAGAGUCUACAGCUGCUUGUUAGUGAAACGGUGGAGGCGUCUUCAUCUGGUACGGAAGAAGUUCGCCGCCUGCGCGCCCGGAAUUUAGACUUGGAGCAGCAGCUCACUCAACUCAGGCAGCAACAGGAGAUGUCGCUGGCGCCGGCCACGUUCGUGCGCUCCCUGGCGCGGAAGCUGGGAGCCGACACAGAUCAGGAACAGCCCACUAAGAAGAAUGUUGAAGAUAAUGAGUUGCUGCACUCUAUCAUCCAGCCGCUCGAGAUGGAGAUAACAGCGCUGAAGAACAAGUUGCGAGAGACAGAUGCACAGCUUCAAGAGGCUUUGAAAGCGAAGGCAACGAAUACAACAAGCGCGACAGUAACUGGAUCAAGCGGCGAUACAAAACAAGAGCAUGAGACAACGAAACAGUGCGAUAUGUGCGCGAAUUAUGAAAGGCAGCUGGUGAGCGAGCAAGGUAGGGCAGAUGCAGCGCGGGAGAAAGCGAAACAAUUAGAACAGGCUUUAAAAUUGGCGAGCGCGGAGCUGGAGGGCGUGCGCGCGCUGCAGGAGGAGGCGGUGGGCAGCGCGGCGGCGUGGCGCGAGGCGGCGGCGCGCGAGUUGGGCGCGCUGACGGCCGAGCUGCGAGCCGCGCAGCAGCUACUGCAGCAGCGCCAGGAAGCUGCGGCCAGCGCACACGCGCACGCGCUGCACCACGUCACCACGCUCACGGUGGACCGCGAGACACUGCAGCGGAACUUGGACAAAUUAGAACGAGAUAACGCCAUGUUAGUCGGGCAGUAUACGAAGAAAGCUGCAGAGAUGCAGAACGAAAUAAUAAAUCUACCGGACAAUGUUGAGGAAUUGCAAGAACAGAAUCUACGUCUCCGCGAGCAACUAAUCAUGUGCCAACUGGGUCGAGAAGAAGCAGACGCGGCCGAGCAAGAGCUGCGCACACAGCUGCUGGAGCAUGGCACGCUGUUCCACCGGCAGGAGGCCGAGCUGGCCGCCGCGCGGGCGCAGCUCCGCGAAGCAAAAGAGGAGCUGGACCGGUUGCAGACGGAACGCGAACAAAUGAAGGAGCUUGGAGACAAACUACGGCAGUCUAAUGAUAUGAUAGAAAAGCUGCUUGAAGAUAAGAAACGGCUCCAGACAGAGGUAGUGGAGGUGCGAGCUCGUGUGCACGCGCUGCAGCAGGAGCUGGACAACAGCGAGAAGGUGCAACAGGACUUUGUGAGACUGUCGCAAUCUCUUCAGGUGCAAUUACAACGAAUUCGAGAAGCAGAUACAGAGGUGCGGUGGCAGCACGAUGAAGACGUAAAUGAAUGUCCAUCCUGCCACACUCCACUGCCUAACAGUAAGAAAAAGGUGCACUGCCGGCACUGCGGGCGCAUUUUCUGCGCCGCGUGUGUGCGGCACGCGGUGGCGAGCGGGCCGCGCGGGCUUCCGGCGCGCGUGUGCUCCGUGUGCCGCACGCUGCUGCAGCCGCACGCCGCGCCCUACUUCAGCACUGAGCCGCCGCACUCGCCCGACUGA